AUGUCCAUCUCGGCAACCAAGACGGACCCAGCCAAGUUUGGCGACUUUACUGCCCUCUGUCAACGAGCGGCCUUGAUCGUCUGCCCAUUGCUACAAUCGGAAAACGGGGUCGAGCCGAACUGUUACAGCAGGAAUGUACAGUUGGGUAGCCAGCUGAUCUUCCAACCAGCAUCAUGCGUUGUUCAUAUCGCCGCUAUCCUCAUGACCCUGAUCAUGGUAUAUCACGUUCGAUCCAAGUACACCGCCGUCGGACGAAAAGAAAUCGUCAUGUUCUUUUACCUCUACAUGGUCAUCGAGCUGCUGGCAAUCUUUUUGGAUAGCGGGAUCAUUCCGACAGCCAAUUCUGUCUAUCCCUGGUUUACGGCGGUCUAUGCUGGAUUCAUCGGAGCCUUGUACUGGUGUAUCGUGAUCAACGGUUUCGUCGGGUUCCAAUUCGCCGAAGACGGCACGCCCAUGUCGCUCUGGUUCCUCCGCCUGUCUACCCUCGUCAUCUGGGGAGUCUGCUUCUUCAUCUCGAUCGCCACUUUCAAGAGCUUGGCCGGAUUCAGCAACGCCAAGCCCAUCGGGCUGUUUAUCACUUACUUGAUCUUCCCGGGGGUCUGUUUCCUCAUCUACGUGAUCAGUCAAUUGAUCCUGGUUAUCCGAACGCUGGAUGACAGAUGGGCUAUCGGCGAUAUCCUCUUCGGAGUCUUCUUCUAUGUCGCUGGGGUCGUCAUCAUGAUUGCAUUUAGCAACACCAUCUGUGAUGCCGUCUCUCACUACAUUGACGGAGUAUUCAUCUUUACGCUGUGCAUGCUGUUGAGCGUGAUGAUGGUCUACAAAUACUGGGACUCCAUCACGAAGGAGGAUCUCGAGUUUAGCGUCGGUUCAAAGACUUCGGUCUGGGAGGUCAAGGACCCGUUGCUACCACCCAACCCCGACUAUAUCGAGGAGGAUGUAGGGUCGACCUACCGAGGAGCUGGUGGAUCACUGGUAGGAGGAAUGACCGGCAACAAUUACUACGGUAAUGUGCCGCGAAACUAUACUCCGAGUAGCUCAUCAGGCGGCGCUCGAGAUCCCAAGUUCACGGCCAACAGUGGAUACACCGGGCCGUAUUGA